AUGACUGCUCACCUUCGGCAUCAGGCAUCACUUGAACAAGUCCUCGACUUUUCUGUACAGCCAUCUUUGACUGCAGCCGAGCUGGCCCAGGCUGAUGACAUCUUCAAUAAGCUCAUCAGUCACUGUGAACCGUUCCAGAGCAGAAGACCAUACAAGAAAGUCACUCUGGUCCGCCUGACAUAUGAGCAUUCCCGUUCAAAAGACACCUUUUUACGACAUUUUUUUAUCUUCCUUGAUACCCAAAGCGAUCAAGGGUCACCAGAUUUCGCGCGAGGCCUGUCUCGAUUUUCCACCUUUGGCUCUGCUGCCCCAGCACAUCAGAAGAGGGAGGCAGAAGGGGCUAUAGAUUCCUUUGCAGAAUACCUCUUUAAUAAUUUUUUUCUACCAUUGAAGGCAUCAGGGACAAAGACACCACAGCCAACACCAGCUGGUUUAUCAGCCUCUUCAAUUGAAAAUGCAGUUGGAACACCUGCAAGAUUAUCAGUCCUUCGGCGUGAUUGUCUGAUUCGUGAUCAUAACCGGUGUGUGGUUACGCGGGUAUUUAACUGGACUCAAGCUUUAGAGAGAUUAAAGCAAGAUCCCUCAAAUCCAAAAGAUGAUGAUGGCCAGCAGUUGAUUUUCGCACCUGGUAAACUUGCACUCCUUGAAGUUGCACAUAUUAUACCCCAUUCAAUUAUGUCAACAACAGCUACUGUCAGUGGUGAGUUGCAGUUGAGCGAAUCUAAGAAAACCGCUCUUGCAAUACUUAACAUGUUUGACCCAGGCGUCAUCCAUCUGAUUGAGGGACCAAAUAUUGAUCAUCCAAGCAAUGCUCUUACCUUGACAGCUGAGGCUCAUAGGUCCUUUGGCAACUUCCAAAUUUCCUUUGAAGCUAUGGACACCUCAAUUCAUCCCAAACACACUUACAAGAUACAUUCAUCAGAUGAUGGCGCCUCAUUAUUCUUCAACCUCCCAGCAACAAGAACCCUGCUCCUCUCAACAAAUCACACCAUUGAUCCACCGUCCCCAAAAUUGCUUGCCAUCCAUCGGGCAAUUGCAGUUAUCCUUCAUCUCAGUGCUGCAGGAGAGCAUAUUGAUCAGAUAAUUCGUCAUAUAGAAGAAGUGUGGGUCAGGAGUGAUGGAUCUGCAGAAUUGGGCCUCAUUGUCUCCUUGAAACUGGGUGGUUGGCUUGAUGGGCUUCCCAGCCCUCGGGAGUGUUGUUCGUCUGUGUAAGGGGUUCGCGGGCGAAUCCUUAUAGACACUGCCCCAUACAUGAUGUCCCUGCCACGGCUUGAUGUCUUGAAGCAUCGGCGUCUCUGAACGGGUUCAUCUUUCAUUGGCUCUAUCUAGGACAACUUAGCGUCAUAAUCAGACUACUGGUUGUUAAGCCGAUUCAAGACCGUUCCAAUAUACUCGUUCAGAAAUGUCUUGAUGUCCUGUGUAUUGCCGGUUUUCGCAUCUUCGAGGAGCCCUGGUAGGAGAGUAGUUGGAUCCUUCAAGGCCAUGUUGAGUCCUACAGUCAGAGUGAGUAUCAGUCUAAGACGUGACUCUAACCGCUUCUAGUUCAUACCCUUUGAAGAGUGCAAUCACAGCUGUUGAAGUGAGGAAGAGCAGGGCAGGGCAAGGUUUUAAAGCUUUCAUGAACUGUUGUGAGGCAAGUGAGUUAUGAAUGGAUGCAAAGGGCUGAACAUAUAUGGAUUUUGAAGUCAUAGAAUCGUGUUGUUUGAAUCUUUGAGGGCCUAGGCAAGGGGGCCCUGGGGUUUGGUACUUGGGAUGAGUGGUAUGCGAGGAUAAGCUAAUGGGACGGUCCGGAAUCACCUCACCAUGUGGAGAUGAUAGAACCUCAUCACGAGUAUUACGUGCCAAAGGCAGACGCUUGGACGGGGCUACAUCAGUGCUUGGCUUGCCAGCGUCUUCCGGAUGAUGUUGUCGUCAGCUGUUGGACAGCGUAUUGGCUGCCAAGUCCAUUCGUUCUUGAGUUCCGUGUUCCGGCAUGAUCUUGAAUCAUUCUUUUAUGUUCUUCUCUGGCAGCGCGGCUGUCGCGGCUGGGAGUUUGCCAACACCAUCUGCCUGUCUCUUU